UAUCUAGCAGCCGCUGCUAACAAAGAACACUCAGAUUGAAUCCUGACAACCACAACAUGGCGCCCGCACGCAUGCGGGAGAACGGUCAUACGUCUGUCGUAAUCAAACGUCGACGGGGUGUGUGACGUCACGGACAGCGACCGCCGGCUGUUUGUAUUAACUGGGAGUGAAGGCGCUUCGGAGAAAUGGCGUCCUCGAUUUGGAAAGGGCUGGUAGGGGUCGGACUCUUUGCCUUGGCACAUGCGGCCUUCUCAGCGGCUCAGCAUCGUUCUUAUAUGCGGUUGACUGAAAAGGAAGAUGAGACGUUACCAAUAGAUAUAGUUCUACAAACCUUGCUGGCAUUUGUAGUGGCCUGCUACGGCAUAGUUCACAUUGCGGGAGAGUUUAAAGACAUGGAUGCCACUUCAGAAUUAAAGAAUAAGACAUUCGAUACUUUAAGGAACCAUCCCUCAUUUUAUGUCUUCAACCACAGAGGACGGGUAAUGUUCCAGUCCCCAGACACAGAGGAUUGCCAACAAAAUCAAGCUGCUUCUACGUCUAACGCACCACUGAAGCUACGAAAGUUAGAGUCGCUGCAACGUUAACAAAGGGUUUUUACAGAUGACUAUAGAAGAGAACAUUGUAAUAACAUUGGAGUCCAGGAUUUAAACUUUUUUUUUUUUUUUUUUUUUUUUCUGGAGCAGUAUUUAUAUUGAUCUUCCAGACUUUAUAAGAUAAAAAAAUGGGGACUUUCUUUGUACAGUUAUUGAAGAGGACUGUAUUGUGUACUAGCAAUGCACUGUAACUUAUUGCUACAAUGAUGUUGUAAAAGAUGUCUUUUUUUUUUUCCUUGAAACAUUAAAUGAUGCUGCAGCUCGGUUUUUUCCCUGUACCAAAAUGUACUUCUUGUUUUAAUGCUCAUUUAAAAUAAGAGGGAAUGCCAAUAUUUGAUGGAUGGAUCGAGAGAUAAUAAAUGUAUAUUUAUCUCUUUA